CGCGCCCAGCCUCCCAGCCCCCCCUCCCCCUCUAAAGCAGGCUCGCGGAUUCAGUCAAGCGGCGGCGGCGGUUGAUGAGAGAAUCGAGGCGCGACUCUCUCAGGAGCGGCGAGAGAAAAGGAAGGGGAAAGGAGAAGAAGGUGGAAGGGGAGUCGCUCCCUCAGCGCGGGGUGCGCGCGAGCCAAAACCAGCCGGCGCGCGGGCGGUGGUGCUCGCGCGCAGGAGCUCCUCUUGGCGCCUAAAGUCGUCUUUAUUUCCCACUCACCCACCCCCUCUCCGCUCCACCACCACCACCUCUUCCAGCAUCUUGUGGCUCCGGCCCAGCCCUUUUCCGGAGGUGGAGGGUCCGGGGACGGUGGGAGGGCCCCUGGAAGAGCGAGAUUGCAGAAUGGAAGAACUCUAAGUAAAAGACAAGAUCUGUUCCAGCAUGGAGACUGCUUCAUUGGAAGGCGAGCCUGAUAGAGUUUCGCAUCAUGGUGAGAUCAAAGACUGGCAGGGACCUACAACUGUUGUAACGAACAAUGAUGAAUCUCAUGCUCAGACACCAGGCAAAAUGAGCCAGCGUUCAGGGAGAGAAGGAUAUCUUACUCCAACCAAAGAACUACACCAGCCAUCAUUCAGUCCAGGAGCAGUCCACGGUCAUGGUUUUGACAGAGGGAAAGAUGAUGCAUCACAAAGUAGGGAUGAUUCUGCACAGUCCAUGUCAAAAAGCAAGUCAGAAUCCAAGCUUUAUAAUGGAUCAGAGAAGGACAUUACUGCCUCUUCCACCACCACCUCCUCUACUACCAAGCUUACAAAAAAGGAAUCUCUUAAGGUUCAAAAGAAAAAUUACAGGGAGGAGAAAAAAAGAGCCACAAAAGAACUACUUAGUACUAUCACAGAUCCAUCUGUCAUUGUCAUGGCUGACUGGCUAAAGAUUCGUGGUACACUGAAAAGUUGGACCAAACUUUGGUGUGUGUUGAAACCAGGAGUACUGCUUAUUUACAAAACUCCUAAAAAUGGCCAGUGGGUGGGAACUGUACUUCUGAACGCUUGUGAACUCAUUGAGCGGCCUUCAAAAAAGGAUGGAUUUUGUUUCAAACUUUUCCAUCCUUUGGAGCAGUCUAUCUGGGCUGUUAAGGGACCUAAAGGGGAAGCUGUUGGCUCUAUAACACAGCCUUUACCAAGCAGUUACUUGAUCAUUCGAGCAGCUUCAGAAUCAGAUGGUAGGUGUUGGAUGGAUGCAUUGGAGCUGGCUCUGAAGUGCUCUAGUUUGCUCAAGCGUACAAUGAUCAGAGAAGGUAAAGAACAUGAAUUCACAGAUGGUGCACAUGUGUCUUUCUACGGCCUGCUGCGUGCAAACAACGUGCACAGUAGUGAAAACUUUCCGUUAAAUGAUAGUGAAAUUGAAAGGCAUCACUUUAAAGAUUCAGAUAUGUAUUCAGAUAAAUCAGAUAGGGAAAAUGAUCAUGAUCGUGAUGAGUCAGAUAAUGAUGGCUUGGGAGAAAGUGAUACUGACACAUCAGAGCGACAGGAUGACUCGUACAUUGACCCUGAUCCUGAUAAUCUCAAAGAAACAACAUAUAUAGAAGAAGCUCAUGAAGAACUUGGGGAGGCAGGAGAAGCUUCUCAAACGGAAACUGUAUCAGAAGAGAACAAGAGUUUGAUCUGGACACUAUUGAAACAAGUACGCCCAGGAAUGGACCUCUCCAAGGUGGUGCUGCCUACAUUUAUUUUGGAAACACGUUCUUUCCUGGACAAACUCUCUGAUUACUACUAUCAUGCAGACUUCUUAUCUGAAGCUGCUGUGGAAGAGAAUCCUUAUAAUCGUAUGAAACAAGUUGUGAAAUGGUAUUUGUCAGGAUUCUACAAAAAACCAAAGGGACUUAAAAAACCAUAUAAUCCAAUACUUGGUGAGACCUUUCGUUGUAUGUGGGUUCAUCCAAAGACAAAUAGCAAGACAUUUUAUAUCGCUGAACAGGUAUCUCAUCAUCCUCCAAUAUCUGCAUUCUAUGUAAGCAAUCGAAAGGAUGGAUUUUGCCUUAGUGGCAAUAUUUUGGCCAAAUCUAAGUUUUAUGGAAAUUCAUUAUCUGCCAUUUUGGAUGGUGAAGGACGACUGAUGUUUCUGAACAGAGGAGAGGAAUAUGUAAUGACCAUGCCAUAUGCACAUUGUAAAGGAAUUCUUUAUGGUACAAUGACUUUAGAGCUUGGAGGAACUGUUAACAUCACAUGUGAAAAAACAGGAUACAGUGCUGCCCUUGAAUUCAAACUAAAGCCAUUUUUAGGCAACAAUGAGAAUGUAAAUCAAAUAGUGGGAAAAAUUAAACUGGGAAAAGAAGUUCUAGCUACUCUGGAAGGCCACUGGGAUAGUGAAGUUAUUAUUAGAGACAAAAAGACAGAUGCUGUGGAGACAUUUUGGAAUCCAGUACCUGAAAUCAGGCAGCACAGAUUGAGAAGAUACACAGUGAAGUUUGAAGAGCAAGGUGACUUUGAGUCAGAAAAACUUUGGCAACAUGUGACUCGAGCUAUAAACAGCAAAGACCAAGCAGAAGCAACUAAUGAAAAAUGUAUUCUGGAGGAAGCUCAGAGAAAAGCUGCCAAAGAAAGAAAAGCCCACGGUGAAGAAUGGAUGUGCAAACUGUUUGACCCAGAUCCUCUCACAGGAGAAUGGAAUUACAGAUAUGCAGACACAAGACCAUGGGAUCCACUGAAUGAUAUGAUCCAGUUUGAAAAAGAUGGUGCCAUUCAAACAAAAGUCAGACAUAGGACACCAAUGGUCAGUGUUCCCAAAAUAAAAAGAUCUGCUAAGUCAAAGAAAGGGGAGUGUGGCUUCUCCUCACCAGAACCUGAUAACCAGGACUCCUCAGGAAGUGAAGCACAACUCAAACACAAUACAAGAAUUCGAAAGAAGACAUUAGACCUUGGUGAACUGCAGAGUGCCAUUGAAUCUAUAAGGGCGACACAGGAAGACAUUAGGAGGGACAUCAUGGCUUUAAGAACUCGAAUGUCUGCAAGCUCAGUGCCUCCGGAUAGUAACUUUUUUCAGUUCAAACAUUAUGUCUUCAUUUUGCUGAUGAUUCUCUUGCAGCUUAUAAUCAAUUACUUGUUUAAAUAGAAUGCCUGAAGAGAAGAAUAUAUAUGAAGUGGAAUGAUUAUGUUCUUCGUGGGACCAUAUUUUAAACCUGAGUUGGCUUCACAUAAGGCAAUAUCAUCUAACACACAGGAGCCCUGAAGACUUAGACCUUUGCCUCAAAUGUUUGUGCUCUCAUAGAGCAGUAUAUGUUAUAUUAUAUAUUAGCCAGGUGAUACGGACAGUGCUUACGUGCCAGUACCAUUCUUUUUGCAUCUUUGAUAUGUUGGAUAACUGCCUUUCAUAUUUUAAAGUAUUGUAGAUUGUAAUGAUAAUUGGCAGUACAGAGUGUGUCCAACUGAGCAUUAAAGACUUACUUUUCAUUAUAACCAUAUAAUCCCCAGUGGCCAUGUUACCUAAACAAAUUGAAUUCAAGCCUUUUCAGAGUUUAAUAGAAUAUUGAUUCAUUAGGAAAAUAAUAUCCAGUGGCCUCAGUUUAGAAAACGUAGUAGUUGUACAAAGUUUAAAAUUUCUAGCUGUUUAUUAUCAUUAAAGGAUGUCAAAAUAUUAAUCUAUAAAUAGUUCAUUAACCGUAUCAUAUCACUAUAUCAAUGAUUAUUUAUUUAAAUGAUGUUUUCCUUAGUUCAUGUAAAUAGACUUCCAGUGAGAACAGUAGUGAAUUGGUUAACCAGCCUGAGCUGCACAUGGCUGUUUUAAAGUGCCCAGUGAUAUUUUCAUCCACUUCCCCUCAAGCAGCAACUCUUCUUGACAGCCUGCAAACUGCUGCUUAUAUUGUCAACAAAUUCAGGAACUCCUCAACAAGGGGAACAUACAAGGGUUGACUCUUUGGGUACAAAAAAUAGAAGCUUUAGUGGGUAAUAAAAGGUUUUCUGGACUCUGUCUCUGGAAUGUUAACAGAAGAUGGUGUGGUUAUUUUUAAAAAAUCUACAUUAUAAACAAUGGGCUUGUAAGACCAAUUCAGGCUGUCUGCAUGUAACUGUAUCUGAAUAGUUAUCUCGUUGUCAUCAGACUUGGAUAGCAAUUUAAUUGUUCAAAUAAUAACAUCCCAUAGCUGCUUAAUCUACCAUUCAGUGCCUAUUUAGCAACAUUUGCUCAUUAGUCUAGUUUAGUAGUCUAUGCUUAAUGUGAUCUAAACUAUAAACUUAGGUUUCUUCAAAUGAAAAGCUCCCUCUUGAAAAUCUGAGUAGUUUAAAAAUUAAAUAUCGAAAGACAACACAAUUUUGACUAGCAUUAGUUCUAUUCUGUGUGUUUACAUGGCAUAUACACUUUUAGUUUCAGAUGCAUGGCAACACAGAGAACAGCAGUAAGCUUCAGUCCUUCAUUACAGCAGCAACAGACACACUAAGCAUGCAUAUGUAAUACAGUUCAAUUUGGAAUUUAAAUGACUUUAAGGAACUAUUAGUUUACUUUGUUUUUAUACAGUCCCAAAUAGUAAGAUACAUGCAUAUAGAUUUAUCGGAACAUGUAUUUCUGAUUCAUAUUUCCAUAUCCCUAACCUGUCUCUCAGUCUCCUUCAUCCAUUCUGCCUUAUACACUAUUCUUGCCAAACCUUUUUUUUUUUCAAAUCCUUAAAUACAUUGAGCAGCAUUUUCUUAGUUCCAUGAGAGGUUGCUAUGUGGUUUCUAAAGUUUUUAAGAAGAAAUUUUAGAAUGAUUGUAGCACUGUUUUAGUCUUUAAAGCCACUUCACAAAGUGGCUGAGGUACUAGCAUGUUUUAUAAAUGGGGAUUAUUGAAAGAUAUUUUAUGACGUUAACAAAAGCAAACAGUUACACUAUGAAAAGACUUAAUGCUUUGAUCUGCCUUUGUAUGUAAACUAUUGAGACAACAAAUUAUUCAUCCUGCAAUAGUCAUCUCUCAAAACUAUCCUGUCUGUUCUUCUUUUUGGUUCUUUGAUCCUAUCUGCUAUUGCACACAAAUACUGUGCUUUGUCUUCACCUACUCACUCUCUUAUGUUUUGUUUAUGAUUUUUUUUCUUGGUAAGCAGUAGGUAGGAAAUGUAUUUAAUUUUUUGGUUUCUUUUAGGCCAGAGAUGGAGAAUAUAAAUGCCAUUCAGAUGUUGUUGAGCUGCAUCCCUCUCUAUUGGGCUUGCAGGCUGACUGACAGGAGUCACACUCAACUACAUCUGGAGUCCCAUGUUUUUCAUCACUGUUUUAGGCAUUACUUCUUUUAAGAAAGCAAAGAUUAAUUUUUCUGUGACAAAGUUAAAUUACAGGAAUUCACCAUCUUGUGUUAAACAUAAAAAAGCACAGCUUAUUAACACCUAAAUUUCUGUGUUCUUUAGCUGGAGUAUUUUGUUAGACAGUGAAACCGCAGUGCUUUUUUUCUGACACCAGCUUGUGUGAGCUGAAAAAGGAAUUUUUUGUCUGAUUACUUUUUAAAUGGUAUAACUGAGUAUGAGCCUGAUUUAUGAAAUGUUUCUUCAUAUAUAAUAUUUAACCAUGUAUUAUAUGACCUUAAAAUCCAUCCUUCAUAUUGACUGUAUUCUGCACAUACUAACAAAAGAACUGUGAUUGUAUAGUUUUUCGAACUCUUGAGGAUAAUGGCCUCUUCGUUAAUAUUUAGUAUUUAAUGGAAAACACUUGAUUUCUCAAUCAGUCAUGUGUGAUUAGCAUUGUACAUAAGUAGAAAAUACUCAGAAUUGUUUGUUUUUGCCAUAUUUAUGGCUGUUUGUUUAAAGAAAAUGCACUAUAAGCCUUUAAUAUGCCAUGUAACCAUUAACAAAAUGAAAAGAAAUGUGUUGUGUGUAAAAAGAGUUCUGGCAAUAUACAGUUUCUUGUGUCUCAUGUAAUGGUUAGUUUUUACCAGUUAGGCAUCCCCUUAACUGUAUAGCAUGCUUACUUUUCAUGAGAAUUCAUUCAAACAGCUAAUCUGUACAAUGUAUCAGAUUUAUAAUUCACUGCCCUCUUGUGCCUUUGGGAAAAUCCUCUUGCCAAUUCAAUAUUAAUGAAAUAGAACUGUAGUUAAAUACAUUUCUGUCAUCCUCCAUGCUUAAUUGCUAUCUCUUAUUCAUGAUUUUUAUCUUAUUGUAAAUAGAAUACUUAACUGCUGAACUGAGUGAUUACUGUGUUUCUAUUGUAUCCUCAAUCUGAGGGCAUUUUUGAGAGCUGGCCAUCAGAUACCUGAGUACUGAAACAGUGCCUUGAUGGAGUUCACACAGAGGUGAGGUGUGUAUAUAUGAAGAUGUUGUUAAGGCUGUGCCAUAUCUCUUCAUAAAACUUUGUGGAAAUUGUUACAUUUCCAAAAUAAAGUUUUAAAAUGUUUAUAGAAAGAUAUGGUACAAUUAUAGAAAAACACAUCAGUUUUUCCCCCUUUGAACUACUAGACAUGGCUAGACCCAACAAGGGCUUUUGACAUGUAUUCUUGCACAGUGACGCUGCAAUGCUUUGUAUGUGAUACUACAAAAAUAGCCAUAAUAAGAACCAUAGUACCACUAACACACUAUUGUGGCUUCACUUUUGUUUUCAUGGACAAAAGGAUUCUAAGAAAUUAGCUUUUGUGAAUAAAAGUAUGUGGGGGGGUAUGAAGAGAAAAACUGGUUAAAUCAACUCCUGAUAAACCUAUGAGAAAUAACACUUUCAGUAGCUUCCUUGAGUGCACCUAGAAGCACAUUUUGUAGAUUUAAACUUUGGCUCAGAUUUGGAAAGCACUUUUUAAAUAUACAAUCUUCCACUGUUCUUGAACUCUUGGUUAUUUCUCAUUUCUGAACCUCACACAGUUUCCACUAGCAUAUUUUUUUACUUCUUUCUCCCCUUCCCCUUUUUAUUUUAACACUGCUUAAAUUUUUAUACUGUUACAUAUUUUUUAAAUGAAAAUUGGUUGUUUUACUAAAGCUGUACAGGACCAGUAUUUAGUCUAAUUCAUACAGUAUAUGUAAGGAAAAACUAGAAGUGAUAAUAAAAUGUGACUGAAUGCACUUAUUCAAAAAUAUAUAAACUUGUAUGCAUUUUGUUUCUGUGUAUCAUGUAAAAUAGCAUUGUUAUUGUUGCUGCUACACUGUUUUUAAAUCAUGCUGCAUGCAGUAUGGUAAGAGGGAAAAAUCCUUGGAAAAGACUGCAAAUUGUGUAUUGCAUGCUUAAUUGUACAGCUGAGGUCAACAACUUGUUUUGAAGGCUGUUUGUCAAUGUAAAGCUUUACCACUGGUCAAUAGUUUUGUACAGUUGAAAAAAAUAGAAUAAAAGAUGCGAUCAAGAGCAA